GAGAGUAAACAGUUGUUUAAAGUGUUUCAAAAGUAAACGACUGCAAACUGGCAAUGAAGGAACGUGUUCUUAACUGGCUGUACAAUCAUCAGCAAUGUCAAUAGAGUAACAGUAAAGAGGAAGAGUAAAUAAAACCUGCUGAAAUAAACGCAUGUUUUAAAACGUUUAAGGUUUCAGUUUGCCUCCUAGGAAGAAGAAACUGAAGUACACAGAGAAUUUUAACUAUUUAUCAUGGGAAAUGCAAAAUCUCUUAUUUCCAAAUCAAAAUUGCGUAAACUUUGUCCAAAGACUCUCGCUGAAUUGCGGACAAACGCAGAUGUUGAUUUUACACCCGAGGAAAUUGAAGAAUGGUUUCGGGAAUAUCAUUCAAAACUGGACAAAGGAAGGUCUAAGUUAACAGUGAAGGAGUUUAAAGAAGUAUAUAACAGUGUGUUUACUGGCGACCCGACUUCUUUUGUGGAGCAGUUGUUUCGAUGCUUCGAUACUAAUGGUGAUGGAUUUGUUGACUUUAAAGAAUUUAUUGUGGGAUUAUGUGUGUCUGCUAGCGAUCAGUUAGACAAAAAGCUGGAGUGGGCGUUUAAGAUGUACGAUAUUGACGGAAAUGGAACCAUAUCUAAAGAAGAGAUGACAAGCAUUUUCAAGGCGAUCUUUAAAAUGACGAAUGCACGUGACACUGGAGAGCUGGGCAGCGCGGAGGAGAUGUGCAACAAUAUUUUCGACACGUUUGACCUUAAUCGUGAUGGCCAGAUCAGUUUCGAUGAAUUCAGACAAGGAGCGAUGAACGACAAAACGAUAGUCAACUUACUGGAAUGUGACCCUGAUCCAGAAAUUUGAGAUUAACAUGAGUUUAUGCCAGAACACGCAUAAUACAACUAAUAAUGACAUUGCUAUCAUUUUAAGUGUGAAAGUGAGUUUUAUUAUUUCUUAUAUGACUUACAUGGGGUCUUAAGUCGGUUCUAGAAGGGUGUGAGAGCGUGUUACCUCUCAUGAAUAAACUCAUCUGAACCGA